CAGCAACGCAAUGUCGGACGAGCGCCGCGUCGGCCUCGAGGACCCGGACAACCCCGCACUCGUCGACGAUGCCAGCAUCGCCGCCGGCAGCGUGCGCGGCGUCGCCUACCUCGACCCGCGCCAGUUUGGCGGGCGCAGCCUCAACCGCAGCGCCGGCCUCGGCGAGCCGCUGAAUGUCAUCGUCUCGGCGCUCUCGUCGCCCGAGAUCCUCACGCGCAAGGGCCUGCAGGGCUACCUGCGCUCCCUCGACUUCGACAUGGAGUGCCUCGGCCUGCACCAGGGCGGCGCACAGAGCGCGUGGCUCGAUGCGCGCGGCUGGCAGGACGAGCUGUUCCUCUAUCGCGAGGUAUACACGCCGCUCGACCACCUCUUCGGCACAUGUCUCGAGUCGCUCGUCGGCGGCAACCACGUGCGCAUCUGGCAGCAGCAGGGCACCGGCGCCUGGUUCCUCGCCGCGUCCGAGGAGAUGAACGUGCGCAAGCACCACAUGAUCGUGCCCGACGGCUACAACCUCGGCCGCGACAAGGUCGUCGCGCAGAGCCAGCAGCGCAAGAACGGCGUGACGUGGGUGGGGGUGUGUGCUUCUCCGGAUGCUCAGCUGACCCUGUCGCAGCUCGUUUCUCUUCAAGAAGUACCAGACGCGCGUCGAGUACGUCGGCGGCCUCAUGGAGGCCGGCACCGAGGGCGUCAACCAUGGCAUCGCCGUGGACGGCCGCACCGCCGUGCUCACUGUAAUCAUCGUCGGCGGCGAGGAGAAGGCACGCCUGAAGCAGGAGCGCGCCGAGCGCAAGGAGGCCGAGCGCGAGCACGACCGCAUCGUGCGCCGCAUCACCGCCGCCGACGAGCCCGAGGGCCCCGUGACGGCGCCGGGCCGCGUCACCUCGCGGGCCCCGCGCUGGCUGCGCCGCAUCCGCAUCGGCGCCUAGCCUCGGUCUGACGUCUGUGUUGGCUGCACUGCACGCCUAGCCCGCUCUCCUAUGUAUACCCAGAUCUGCUGAAUUGCAUCGCCAUUGCUCCAGGG